AUGGAUAGAGGCUUGGCAUUGGUGGGUGCCGUCCUGGGCCCCGGCGUCGAUGCCAUUCACAAUCAGGCGCUUCUGAGCUACGACGUGCUGCCGGUCAGCGCGGACUUGGUCCUCGGCGUUGCGCGCACUUCCCUGCUGGUACCACCACUUCUCGCCGUAGCAUAUGCGCUGCUUGGCGGUGUCCUGCCAUCCCUGGCUGCAUCGAUACUUGGUAGCCGGAAUGCCGAGAAUUUGCCAUUGCUGCGUGGCCUGAGCCCACUGAGUCGGGCAAUCCUGGCAGUGACAUCCACCUGCCUGAUCAUCAAAGCGAGCGAGCUGCUGAUCUCUGCGGGAUUUUCUGGUGCCACAGCGCUUCCGCUGCUGAUGCUUCUGGCGUUUUUUCAGUGGGCCGUCCUGGAUGGUCGGCUCUUUGCACUCGUUUUGGCACUCGUCGCUGCCAUUGGUGGGCCGCUUGCGGAGCUACCGUUGAUGUGGCUCGGUGCCUGGCAUUACACGGCUCCCGAUUACUGGCCUUUGGCAGCCUUCGGCCUAGGCCCCGCCAGCGGGGCCGCUUGGGCUGGCCUUUCCAUGACGACGGGGCCAUGUUAUUUCGCCGUGACAACGGAUGCAAUUGCUCUUGGAAGGCUGUUCGCCAGCUGGCGGAGGGAACCCUAG